GUUGAAACAAUUGUAACGAAGACAUCACUACCUCAUUAGCUAUACUUUACUAAACAAACUAAAAAAACAAACCGCCAAAUCUUUUCAAAAUGUUCAAAUUUGUUGUUGUCUUCGCUGCCUGGUUCGCCUACGCUGCUGCUGGUGUUGUUCGUCCCACAGCUUUAGCUGCUGCUCCCGCCGCUGUAGCUGCUUAUGCUAAUGCUCCUUUGUAUGCUGCUGGUGGCAGUCAACAAAUUGAUGUUCGUCACAACUACGAUGGCACUUUGUCUUCUUACACUACCACUCCCUUCGCUUACACUUCUCCUGUGUCUAGCCGUUAUGUAGCUGGUGCUCCUGCUGCCUAUGCCGCCCCUGCUUUUGCCGCUCCCGCUGCUUAUGCUGCUGCCCCAGCUGCUUUCGCUGCUCAUGCCAAGUAUGUUGCCCCCGCUGGUGUUGCUUCUCCUUUCGCUGUAGCUUCUCCUUAUGCUGCUCAUUAUGCUGCUCCUUAUGCCGCUCACUAUGCUGCUCCUUAUGCUGCUCACUAUGCUUCUGGUUUUGCUACACCUUUUGCUGCUGCUCCCGCUAAAGUGGUUGUUUAAGUAUGAUAUCUCGAAAAAUUUGUUAAUAUUUUG